AUGCCGUCCGUCAUCAACAACGAGAUGGCGACUCACGAUGACGAGUCAUCGUUGAGUUUGUCAACAGAGUCAUCGAUCGUCAAUGGUGGAGGAUCGCAGGUCAAUACCCCGUCUGACGCCUCCGACUUUGGAGACACCAAAAGACAGUACCACACUAGUAUUACGCCGACUCGUGCUUCACAGAGCUACCCUGUUGGUAUCAUGGCUUCUGACACCACACCGAAGACCAGCCUGCAGCGCCGUUCCGUCACGUUCGUAGAGCCGGACCCGCCGGCCAGAAAGCAUUCCCGGAUCACGUACACCAUGGUCAGCAAUACGCCUCCUUCCACGCCGAAGGAUGAUUCGUUCGACGCUCAGUACCUUUAUCCGCCGAGCGCUUGUGUGUUUGUGGCAAACCUUCCUGAGGCUCGGGAGGAUGAGGAUCUUAAGGCCGCGGUUACCAAGGAGUUCAGUUACUUUGGAUUAGUAUACGUCAAGAUUCGCCGUGACCCCUCCAACAUGCCAUUUGCAUUCUGCCAGUAUACAGACGAAAACCAUGCGAAGAACGCGGUGGUGAACGGGAAGGGUAUUAUGAUCCUUGGUCGACCUUGCCGAACCGAGAUGGUCAAAGCCAACCGCACCUACGCAAUCAACAGACGUGAUCACAGAGACAUCACUGUCCACCAAGCCAUGCGCGUGCUCGAAGCUUAUGGAGAGCUGAACAAGUGCUACGUCUUGCCCGCCGAACUUCAGCAGGAACUUGGGCUUCCCCCGACUGUCGUCGCGGGGUUCACGGUUUUUGACCCGACUCGGGACAUGGGCCUUGUCGCCAAGGAGAACCCAGACUACAGGAUCGUGCCGUACGAUGAGGACAAAAAAUCCAUCACCCCCCCUCGCGAUCCGAACAAGGAAUUCCUCAGGCAGUACGACGUCGAUCGGCGAACCUUGUACAUCGCACACAUGCCGCGGGACAUUGAGGAGACAGAACUGGAGGAUCUGUUUAGUCAGGCCGGCACCAUCAACAAGUGCACCAUCGUGCGAAAGGACAUUCCUGCUUACUAUGGCGCCCGCCAACACCAUCACCACUAUGCUUUUGUCGAGUACGAGCAUAUCGGUGCUCCAGAUGAAGCUAUCAAGCGCUUUAGAGGUUUUGCAUUGCGCGGCCACCCAUUGAAGGUCGAACGGAAGACCACCAAAAGUGUUCGUCGAAUGGUCUCGUCUCCCUUGACUGGCAGAGCUCCUGCUUCUUCCAACACGUACAGAGGCGACCCUCGGACUCCCAACACGCCGUCGAGAGCCUCUUUUGCUCACAGAUCCGCCAUGAAACAAUUGAGCGUCCCUGAAAUUGCGACCCAAGGGUCAGAGUCAGCUCCUUUGUUGCUGGCUUACUCAUCCGAAGGAUCGCCCACCCAGCGCAAGAAUAUCCACGUAGCCCACGACUGCCACUUCACGGAUGGUCCUGCCAUGAAGGACGCUUCUAUCCAGAGAGCCUCGACAGAGCAGCAUACUGUCAAGCCUUUCAAGUCGAUGCCCAAUUUCGCUGCACAUGGCGUUCACGGUGAUGCCAUUCCUGCCAACAAAGUCGCCGCUAGUGUCUUUUCAGGACCUUCUGCCAAUAGACGCCCCGGUGACGCCGUGCCGGGACCCCAAUUUACAGCUCUGCCUCAUCCCACGGCCGAUGUGAACGGUAGACCGAUCCAUCCCAUGCAGCCGUUGCCCAUCACCUCGUGGGAUCAGCCCCAGCCCGCGUACCCACACGUCGGCUAUAUCCCGGACUGGCAUAUGCACGCGUACAUGGCUGGAAUGCCCGGCACUGGCCCGGCCUUGCCUCCUAAUGUCCAGCAGGCGCCUCCUGAUCUGGUGAUGCACAACUGGACUCCAGAGUAUGCGCCGCCCAUCCCCCUCGAAUGUGUUCCUUAUGGCUUUGUCCAUUCGCACUUUGCCUACCAUCCCAUUACGGGACAGCACUGUGCCGUUUGGAUCCCAGCGGCUGCCCACCAUCCCACGGUGUUUUGA